AUGGAAUUUUAUAAUAAUAAAUAAUACCAAGAGGAUGCAGUUUGCACUAUCAUUCAUCCUCUAAUUUGUCCAUUCACAGCAAAAACUAACCUUAUCAAAAUAUCUAACACAACUGCAGAUUUUGACAAAGCUGCCUUCUCUAGCUCCUCUUCUAUUUUGUAUAUAUUAACGUCUUCUCCUCAACUUUCAGUUGUAUCAAGAAUGAGUGAUUUUUCUAAUUUUGUUUUGCAAGAGAGCUGCUAAGUUUCUACUGUCUCAGCAAUAACUUAACCAUCAUCUAAUGGUGGAGGAAGUUUUGAAGAUUUUACUCCUUACUAUGCUAAUGACCCAGAUUUUAUCUCAACUUUAGCAUCAGUAACUGAUAUUUAGAAACUAAUAACUUAACCUUCAGGAUUUAGAAUUUUAGUCAACACAACUUUUGGAGCAGUACCUCAUCAUAGAGUUCUUUCAGGAGAUUGCAAUCCUGCUGCACCUCCGGUUAUUCCAUUUAUUCCAGAUAGAACAGGCCCAAGAAUAAGUAAUUCUUCAGGUGGAUUUAUUGUCGGAACAAACCAAACGGUUAGCAUAAGUUAGAUAACUUAAUGCUCGGGAAUGCUAAUGAUAUAUACUUUUGUGUCAACUCCCGCAGCAGGGUCAUGGUGCUUUAGUUACAACAGCAAUUCUUUUCAAAUAGUAUUGACUCCAACAAAUAACUCUUGUGGAGGUAGCUUUAACUUGUAUGAUAUUGAGAAAAAUUCUCCUCCAACAGUGGUUUAAAACUUCACAACCUCGGUUCUUAUGUAUGCUCAUCAUAAUUACACUUGGGAUGUAUAUAUUGAUUAAGAUAAAGAGAAUGAUUCUCCUGUCGCUAAUGUAACUGUUCUAGACACAUCUAAUAAUCCAGUGGCAUUUCCAUAUCAAUGGUUCUUCUUUAAUAAUGUGGGUGCAAAAUAAAUAUAAGUAAAAGCAGUAAAUGCUCCCUAACCAGCUGGAAUCGCAGUCUAAGUUCAAUAUAAAAUUAAAUUGGAAGUCACUGAUGCAUUUAAUAUCCCUUAGCCAAAUAUCUACUAUAUUGAUUUGAAAAUCAAAAGAAAUUAUCCUCCUUAUAGAGUGGGUACUAUUGAUUUUACUAUUCCUGAUAUUAUAGUACCUCAGUCUUUUUCUAAAACAUUCUGGUAUUCAGACUUUUUCGAUUUUGAAAAAGAUCCUCUUACCAUUAUAUGCUCUUCAUACACGAGUACAGGAUAAGAUGCUAAUUGGAUAACGGCAGAAUUCAACAAAACAGUUGAUGGAAAUGUUACAAUAUUCGGAAAAGUUCCCCCUGACAAUUCUUACGCUGGAAGCUAUUAAAUUAACUGCGAUGUAAAAGAUUUAAAUACAGACUUUGAGUCAAUUCAAUUUUCUCUUAAUGUUGUUGAAAAAUAAACGUUUUAAAUUGCUACUCCUUAAUAAAAUAUUCAAGUAGCAAUUCCUCAAACUUCCGAGAUUGUAUUUAAUGCAGUUGAUGCCUAUGGCUAGCAAAUGAUAUCCACUUUAUAUAUAAAUUCAGCCUAAUUUGUUUCUGGACACCCACUUUUUAAUAGUGGAUGGAUAUCCUGGGAUGCUUCUAUUCCUAAAUUGAUACUAUCCCCAUAUGAUAAUUCACAAGGGGGAUCAUAUGCAUUCUCAGUUAAAUUUGAUGAUCCUGAUCAUAUUUUGAGUUAGACUUCAAAUGAUUUUUCUAUAUUUAUUCAAUAAAACUAGCCUGUAAUUUCAAUAGCUACUAUUUAGGACUAAUUUGCUAUUUCCAAUAAUAGAUUUCAAAUUGAUAUCGAUACUUCUAGUCUAUUUCAAGAUCCAGAAAGCUUGCCUAUUACUACAUUUUAUAGAUUUGCAGGUGGCGGCAGUUUGCCUUAUUUUGUAUCACAAUUCCCAAACGGCACCCUUUCUGGUUUUACAACAGAUGAAGAUGUAGGAAGCUAUUAAUUUGAGUGUGUAGGUCAGGAUAACGGAGCUUCAUAGGCUUUUGUUUCAUUCAUAUUUUAAGUCAAAGACUCAUGUUAUCAAGGAAGCUAUGGAAAUACAACUGAGAAUGCAUGUAUUAAAUGCCCUAAAGGUUGCAAAACUUGCUUUGGGUCUGAUUAUAAAACUUAAUGCAAUGAGUGUGAAACUGGUUAUUUUAAACUAGGCUAUGGAUGUUACUUCAAAUGUCCUGAUGGAUAUUACGGGGAUAAGGCAGACAAAACCUGUAAAUAAUGUAAUAAAGCUUGUGCCAGUUGUACUGGCCCAUCAUACACUCAAUGCAAUAGAUGCAAUGACUUAAUAGAAUUGAAUGAAUUUAAUGUAUUAGCAAGAAAAGGUUUCUUACUGACAGCUGAUUCAGAAUGUGUCGUUCCUUAAUGCAAACUCCGAUAAUUUUUCUUUUGGGAUCCUUUACCUGUAAAUGACUUAUAUACUGGAUUAUGUACUUAAUGCUAUGAAACUUGUUUAACUUGCGUUGGUGAAGCAAUAAAUGAAUGCAUUUUGUGUCUUCCUGGCCAUGUUUAUGAUGAAAAAUUACAUACUUGCACAAAAUGUGAAGAUUUUCCUGGUCUUUUUACAAAUGAGGAGUAUCAAUGCGAAGAUAUCUGUGGAGAUGGUUUAGUAAUCGAUAAACAAUGUGAUGAUGGGAAUACAUUUUCUGGCGAUGGAUGCAAUAGUGCAUGCGAGGUUGAGUAUGGCUAUGAAUGUAACUCUAGUGGUUGCAGAGAAACUAUUCCUCCAAUUCUCAAAGUAGACUAUAUAACUAAAACCAACCUACUCUAUAUAUCCUUUUCAAAAUAUGUAUAUAUUCAAAAUGAGACUUCACUUUAAAAGUCAAACAUGAAUCUUCAUUUGGACUAUGAAGGAAAAUCCUAUCUAUUUGAUUACAGAACUAUUGAAGAUCCAAACUAAAAGCUAAUUCCAAACAGAUCAAUCAGUAAAUUUAUGAUAAAACUUUAGGACUUUCAGUAAACAAUAUCUGGAGAAGAAGACUUAACGGUGGCUCUAAAGGAUUAUGGCUAAAUUAAAGAUUCAAGCGGAAACAAACUAAGAAAUCUAGAAUAAAUGGUUCAUCCAGCACCUUUUAUUUUUCUAUCUGACACUGAAAAAAUGAUCGUUAAUGGAUUGGGUUAAACAAUAAGGUACGGAUUUAUGUCAACGUGCAGUUUCAAUGUCGCACUUAAGAUGCUGCUUAACAGUACAAUGCAGUUCUUAUGGGGACUUGUGCACUCCCUUUAGAUAUUUGCAAUUCUGCUUUAUAUUAACAUUGAUUUUCCUGAAAAUGUUCUAAUUUUUUCCAAUUUUAUGCAAGUUGCAUCAGGUGAUUUAAGUGAUUUUGGAAGCGUAAUUCCUGAUAUGAAGAAAGAGAAGAUGAUUAUCUUAUUUAUUACAAAUUCAAAGAUGAUGAGAUAUCUCCGUAUUUUGUUAUCUCCUAUGGCUAAAAAUUAACUCUGUGGACUUUUAGUUUGCUAAUUUUAGUUCCUUAAGAUAAGAACAGCAAGUAUGGUUUUGGCAAGUGGGAUAGCUUUAAUCACAGGAGCUAUUGCAAUGCUUAUGCCAUUUUUAGUUAUGUCUCUUAUUUAUCAUCAUAGAAAAUCGGUGAAUAAAGAGAAAUGGAAUAACUAAUUUGGAAUGCUCACAUAUGAGGUUAAAAAUAACAGGCUUUUGUAGGCAUAUUAUUACCCUAUUUUCUUGUAUCAAAGACUUGUGAUAGUAACUGUGAUAGUUUACGGGACACCAUACCCACUAGUUUAAUGCUUGAUCAUUAUGAUUUGUAAUUUUGGGAUGAUCGCAUAUCUGUUAUCCUAAAAGCCAUUUAAAGAAGAGAUUUCACAGACUACAAUAGCUCUUGAUGAAUUGGCUGUGAAUAUUUGUGUAGCAUUUUUUAUCCUAAUUUAAGUGAAAGAUAUGAAAGGAGAUAACUUAAAAAAUGUUGGCUACAUCAUAUUAGUAUUUAUAGUAAUAAGUGUCUUUAAGAAUUUGGUUAUUGUGAUAGUUUUUGGAAUUUAAUCUGCUCAGCAUAAGAUCAAGUAAAUGUUCUAAGCUGAAGAUCAAUAAUAAGAUUCGCAAGAUUCAUCAGAUUAUGACUAAGAAUAAACCUAGAUUAGUGAUGAAGAAUAAAACAAAAUCAAUACUAAAGAUAUUUAUGAGGAAAUAUAGAGAGAAAUAUACGAACAAAAUAACUUCACUAGCUAUGCAUCUCCUGAAAAAAUAAAUUCUCUCAAAGUUAAAAAUACAAACGAUAAUUCUAAUGCGAGUACACCAUAAAAUUGA